UAGUCAAUAAAAGCUUUUGCCUUCAUCCCUUCGAUCAGCCGGAUCUAAACGCCAGUUUCAGUAAGAAAAGAGGGAAAAAAAAAAAAAAAAAUGAAAAACCCAAUCGUUAGAUCUUAUGUUAGAUCAAAAGUGCCGCGGUUGCGAUGGAACUCCGAGCUUCACAACUCUUUUGUUCAAGCAGUUGAACAACUCGGUGGAGAAAAUAGAGCAACUCCGAAGAUGGUUUUGCAGUUAAUGGAUGCCAAAGGACUCUCAAUAUCACAUGUAAAGAGUCAUCUUCAGAUGUAUAGGAGCAUGAAGCUGGAAGAAUCUAUGCAAGAAGAGAUAUUAGCAAAGAGAAGUGUUAGAGUGACAGGACAAGUAACUUGGUGGCAAUUUCAACAGUACCUUCAUAACUACCAACGGCUUCGAGGCAAUACAAACUUUUUUCAAAAUCAACAAAGGCAAGAAGAGGAAAUGUAUGAAAACAUUAUAACAUUUGGUGAAUCAAGUAAUGGAACUGAGGAAGUACCAAGUGACUAUUUUACCUGCAAGUCUCUCUAUGAAUCAUCAAAGGCCCAGCUUAAUAAAACCAGAGAUGAUGAUGAAAAUGGUGAUGUUGUUGUUGCUAUUGAUGAUGAUGGUAAUGUUGUUGAUCAACAUGAUGAUGAUGAUGAUGAUGAUGACAAUGAUGGUACUUUGUCGUUAAACUUAAUAAAAACUUCAAAAGGUGAAGAAGAAUUGUCUCUUGAGCUCACUCUUGGUCUCAAAGCAUAACAAGACUUCAAUUUAUCUUUUCUAGACACUGUUGGAAGUAUAUAUGUUGUAGAUGCAUGUAACAAAGAUAUUAAUAAGAAAGUACUAUAUAAGGGGGUUA